AAACCAUCUAUUUGGGACUAUUACACUUCCCUUUCCCCCUGCCAGCCCUACCAGUACCUGCUGGAUGAGUUCACCUGUGCAGCCUGUAGCUUUGGACAGUGGCCUCAGGCCAACCUGACAGGCUGUUUCGACCUGCCAGAGGAGUACAUCCGCUGGGAGGAUGCCUGGGCUAUUGGGCCGGUCACCAUCUCCUGCCUGGGCAUGUUGUGUACCCUCUCCGUGGUGGGCCUAUUCUUCAAACACAACGACACCCCAGUGGUCAAAGCCAGCGGGCGGGAGCUGUCCUACAUUCUCCUGCUGGGGGUCCUGAUGUGCUACAGCAUGACCUUCAUCUACAUCGCCAAGCCCUCCACGGCUGUGUGUACCCUACGUCGACUCGGCCUGGGUACCUCCUUUGCCGUGUGCUACUCGGCGCUCCUCACCAAGACCAACCGCAUUGCGCGGAUUUUCAGCGGGGUGAAGGACGGGGCCACACGACCAAGGUUCAUCAGCCCGGCCUCCCAGGUGGCUAUCUGUGGUGGGCUGAUCUCCUGUCAGCUCCUGGUGGCCUUGGUCUGGCUCCUGGUGGAGAUGCCUGGCGUCAGGAAGGAGGUGAGCCCCGAGAGGAGGGAUAUAGUCACCCUGAAGUGCAACAGCAAGGACUCCAGCAUGCUGGCUGCUCUGGCCUACAACUGCAUCCUCAUCGUCCUCUGCACGGUCUAUGCCUUCAAGACCAGGAAGUGCCCCGAGAACUUCAACGAGGCCAAGUUCAUUGGGUUCACCAUGUACACCACCUGUAUCAUCUGGCUGGCCUUCCAGCCCAUCUUCUACGUAACGGCCAGCGACUACAGGGUUCAGACAACCACCAUGUGCAUCUCUGUCAGUCUGAGUGGAUCGGUGGUACUGGGCUGUCUCUUUGCUCCUAAGGUCCACAUCAUCCUAUUCCAGCCCCAGAAGAACGUGACAACGCUGAGAGUGGCUGCCAACCGUUUUGGGGCCACGGUCAAAUCAGCAUCGGCGUCUGACCCCAGCUCUAGCUGCUGGAAAGCAUCAGCCUCUACCAGUGUGCCAACAGCGGUAACAACAGCGGUAACAACAGUCUGUAAUGGUCGUGAGGUAGUAGACUCCACUACGUCCUCUUGUGAAGAAGGUUGAGCUGCUUGUAUCAUUCCUCUGUCCUGAGAACAACACAAAUCACAAUUUCAUCCCCUCUCGUACAACAAGGCUGCUGUCAUAUCUAAGUCCCAUUUACAGUAGAGACCAGUAGAGUCUGUCCAUUCGGACAGAGGGAGGCCAGGAUGCACUUAACUGUGAAAGCUAAAUAAUGUGACUAUACUUAGGAGUGUGCCGUAAUGUAGGACUGUAAAGCAUUUUUGUAUAGAUUUAACAGUAUGUGAUUGAUUUGACUUGGUUUCAAGAUAGACUCGUUGUUGAAUGCACUGCUGUAUGCCUUGCUGUCAGUACAGAGAAUCAGUCUUAUGAA